UUCAGCUCCCGGGGACCAUGGCUCCUGUGGCUCCCGGGCGAGUUAGGCGUCGAGUUCGAAGCUCCAAGCGGCCCGUUGCGCGGGGCCGCUCGGCGGAGGACUGGUGGUGGGACUGCCUGGCACCUCGCGGCUCUGGGUACCAUCUGCUGCAGGCGGACAGCAUGCUGCUCGUGCUGCCGGACCUGGAGCCUCCCCGCGCUCGUGCGCACCGGCGCGCCCCUCGCCGCGCUCUGAGGACACUGGCUCGUGGCUCCACGGCUGUCGCCAAGCCCAGGACCAAACCCCGACCGGAGCCGUCUCUCGAUCAGGACGUGGACUCCGGUUGGGGAGACCGUAUUCCCUUAGAAGUCCUGGUGCAUAUUUUCGGGUUGUUGGUUGCAGCUCAUGGGCCCGUGCCGUUUCUUGGCAGGGCUGCACGCGUGUGCCGUCACUGGCACGAAGCCACCUCCCAUCCUUCACUCUGGCAUACUGUGACCCUGUCACCCUCGCUGGUUGGCCCGACUGGCAAGGGCAACCUUAAGGCAGAGAAGAAGCUCCUUGCUUGCCUGGAGUGGCUCAUACCCAACCGGUUCUCACAGCUCCAGAGGUUGACCCUCAUCCACUGGAAGUCUCAAAUACACUCUGUGUUGGAGCUGGUUAGCAAGUUCUGCCCUCGGCUCACCUUCCUCAAGCUUUCAGACUGCCACAGUGUGACUGCUGAAUCGCUGGUCAUGUUAGCGAAAGCCUGCUGCCAGCUCCACAGCCUGGACCUACAUCAUUCCAUGGUGGAGUCCACCGCUGUGGUGAGCUUCUUAGAGGAGGUCGGGUCUCGAAUGCGUAAACUGUGGCUGACCUACAGUUCCCAGACGACGGCCAUCUUGGGCGCACUGCUGGGCAACUGCUGCCCCCAGCUCCAAGUCCUUCAGGUCAGCAUUGGCAUGAACUACAACGGCACACCCCUGCAGCUGCCUGUGGAAACCCUGCAGAAAGGCUGCCCCCAGCUGCAGGUGCUGCGGCUGCUGAAUCUGACUUGGCUUCCCAAGCCGUGUGGCCGAGGCGUGCCCCAGGGACCAGGCUUCCCCAGUCUUGAGGAGCUCUGCCUGGCCGGCUCCACCUGCAUCUUCGUGAGCAAUGAGGUUCUGGACCGCUUGCUCCAUCGCUCCCCGAAACUCCGCCUGCUGGACCUUCGAGGCUGCGCUAGGGUCACUCCUGCCGGUCUGUGUCAUCUGCCAUGUCAAGAGCUGGAGCAACUCUACCUGGGCCUGUACGGCAUAUCCGACGUCUUGACCCUGGCUAAGAAUGGCAGCCCCCUGUUGACCCGGAAGUGGUAUCACACCCUGAGGGAGCUGGACUUAAGCGGCCAAGGCUUCAGCGGGAAGGACUUGGAUCAGGCCCUGGCUGUUUUCUCGGGCACCCCUGGGGGCUUACACCCAGUCUUGUGCUCCCUUAACCUGAGGGGUACCCGAGUUAAACCAAGCACAGUCAGUUCUGUGAUUAGUGGUUGCCCGGGGCUGCUGUAUCUUAACCUGGAGUCCUGUCGUUGCCUCCCCCGAGGUCUGAAGCGUGUCUACCGGGGCCUGGAGGAAGUGCAGUGGUGUCUAGAACAGCUACUUACCAGCCCGCCCUCUGCAUGAGAGCCCACUUAGAUGGCUGCUAGCUUUACCCAGCCCUUUCUCAUUUUGAAAUGUUGGAGCUUUUGUUACAAUAAAGUAUUUUUUAGGCACUCUG